AUGAGAUUUCUUACUCUUGCAGCUAAGCUGCUCCUAGCAGCCAGCACAGCCAGCGCUGUUCGGCCCGGACAGCGUCCACGCCUCGGAGCGCCUUCCUUGCACCUCGAUGCUCCCUCCCCGGCCGACAGCGUACAGAAACGCGCUGACAGCCCUAUCCACUGGGCCUGGUUUGACCAGCUCCUCGACCACGGUAAGCCGGAGCUGGGCACGUUCAAGCAGCUGUACUACUACGACUUUGAGUACUAUGCCGGGCCCGGCUCCCCCAUCAUCAUGAAUUCGCCCGGCGAGAACAACGCCACGGGCUGGAACGGCUACGUGACCAACAGCACGCUGGCCGGCAACUUUGCCAAGAGCGUCGGCGGCGCCGCCAUCCUCCUCGAGCACCGCUACUGGGGCUACAGCUCGCCGUAUGCCAACCUGACCACGGACAACCUGCAGCACCUGAACCUGGACCAGCAUCUGCAGGAUCUCGUCUACUUUGCGAAGCAUGUCAACUUCACCUUUGACCCGACCGGCUCCAGCCAGCCCGACAAGGCGCCGUGGGUCCUAACGGGAUGCUCGUACAGCGGCGCCGUCACCGCCUGGCUGCAGACCCUGUACCCGGGCACGUACUGGGCCUACCACGCCUCGAGCGCCGUGGUCGAGAUUAUCAGCGACUUUUGGCAGUACGCGAGCAUCGUGCACGACACCAUGCCCAAGAACUGCAGCACCGACUACAGCAAAAUUAUUGCUCACGUGGACAAGGUGCUCUCGAAUGGCACUGACGCGCAGAAGACGAAGCUCAAGAAGAAGUUUGGCUUUGAAAUUCUCAACGACGUCGACUUUGCCAUGGCUCUGCAGGACGGCAGCUAUCUGUCCCAGGGGCUUGGCUUCGGUGACCAAAAGUACAAUGUCACGGAUAAAUUCCAUCAAUUUUGCGACUACGUUGAGAAUCGCUGGCCCGGGAGCUCGGCUCCUCAGCCUGGUCCCGAAGGCGUCGGUCUUUGCGCCGCCAUUAAUGGUCUUUCCAAGUGGUUCAAAGAGAUUGAUAUCCCUGGCGGCUGCGCUAGCUGGGGCUAUUCCAGGUGGACUGAGGAGAACGAUGUUACCUGCUACAUCAACGACGACUUCACCAGCCCCGUCUACCGCGACACACGGGUCAACAACCCCGAGAACCGCCAGUGGAUGUGGAUGCUCUGCAACGAACCAUUCGAGUUUUGGCGUACUGGCGGCGCGCCCGCGGAUCAGCCUCCCAUGGCCAGCAAGCUCGUGACGGUCGAUGCGUGGCGGCAGCAGUGCGACCUCUACUUCCCCGAGGUCAACGGCGCCAAGGUCGGCAUCCGCAACGGCCGUACCUACGAGCAGAUCAACGCGCUGACGGGCGGCUGGGACGCCGUCAACACGACGCGGCUCAUGUGGUGCAACGCCGAGAACGACCCGUGGCGGCCCGCGACCGUGUCGUCGCCGUGGCGGCCGGGCGGCAUGCUGGCGUCGACCGAGGCGGCGCCCGUCCACGUCGUGCCCGGCGGCGCGCACUGCGUCGACAUGCUCAAGUACAAUGCCGACGCCAACGAGGAUCUCAAGAAAGUGUGGGACGCCGAGAUUGAGCAGGUGAACAAGUGGGUGGGCGAGUUUUACGCCGAGACGAAGAAGCCGUGGCCCAAGUUUAAGACUGCGUAA